UCAGUCUGCUGUGUGGUCUAGCCUAGGGGCACCCCCAGUGGCAGCUGUCCCAGUGCAUCAGUCUGCCAGUAGGAGGCGAUGAUUUAAGCUGUUUGUGACCCCAAUUGAUCAAUAACACAAUCCAGUACUUUAAAACAACAAAAACACAUUUCCCCCUGGCCAAAACAUGAUAGCAAGCGCGUUGAGUUCAUUUUUGCGUGUUUUUUUUAAUUGUGGUCUUCCUAUCGAUAGAAUAUGCACCUCCGCCAUAGUAACGUGCAAUUCCCAAGCACGAACUUAGACAGCCUUUGGAGGUGACAAACAUCUUGAGCUGGUAAGCUCUGGCAACGCAAUGACGUCGCCGCACACUCGUAAGCCCCAUACUAAGAUGGCGACACGUCAAGCUGCGCGCCGCCAUCUUGGGUAAGGAUCUGAACUUGAUCAAUGCGCGCGUCUCCUCUACCCCGAGUGUGUCAUCGAAUGCACGUGCUCCUUUUAUCCGCAUCUCCCAGAGUGUAAGCCCCUUACCAAGAUGGCGGCUCGCGAAGCUGCGUGCUGCCAUCUUGGGUGAGAAUGCAUUGGCGCGUUACGUCACGGGUUGAUUUGCAGGAUUCAGCCCAACGAAGUCGCAGAUAAGGUUUUAAUUUAAACGAGUUACAAUAUUCGCGUCGACACUCGUAAAGUUCUAUUUCACCUAAAUAAAACCCGGAAAAUAAUGAUUAGCCGUUCAGCUCUUGAAACUGCAUAAUUAAAUACACACGAAAAUCGCGCGUGUAACGGUACAGCGAUACACAUUUACGUAAGAGGACUUUAUCUUUUAUUGGUUUUAACAUCGCGACAUAAGCAUUACAACGCACGAAUAUAAAUCCACACAAAAGUUAACAGGCGAACGCCCCCGGGCCCACGCCUCCUCCUCCUCGUUAACAAAAAGCGCGCGAAUCGCAUCGGGCGGGCGGCGCGAAUGGGUCAACCGCGUAAACAAAAGGCAGCUCAAAACAAAACAAACAAAAAACACAUUACACACUUUAACACGGCGCGCGCGAUUUACCUGACAAACGAAAGCCUCUGCCUGCACCCGUUUUUUUUUGUAAAAAAAAAAUCAAGAAUAAUUUUACCUCACGAAUCCAUCGCAACACCCACGGUACAGUAAGUAGCAGCUCAAGCUCGCCAUUGCAAAUCCCUUGAGUAAUAACCAACCACUCGCCCACACGGCGACCAACAACCCUCGUCGUUCAGUCUCCCCCGGACACGGACGAGAGAGACGAAGAUGAACUUGGACCAGACGCAAGCGCUGGUGGAGAGAGACGAGGAGGAGGAGGCGGGAGAUAAGACGAAGAGGAGGAAGACGAGGAGGAGGAGGAUGAGGGAGACCGCAGUGGCAGUCCUCAGAGUCUUAGGUCACGAUUGCUUCUCAGAAACAGAGUUCCCCCUGUUCGCCGGCGAGACUGUGGUGGGGCGCGACCCGGGGUGCGGCGUCUGCGUGCCCGUCGCCUCUCUCUCCCGACGUCACGCCGCCUUCGAGGCCUCUCCCCCUCCUGACGGCGACGACGGCGGCGGCGGCCAUGACGCCAGGGACGCUCGCGACGAGAGCCCGGCGUUCGUGCGAGACCUGGGCAGUCUGAACGGCACGAGGAGGGGCCGCCUGACCCUGCGGCCCCACGCCAGAUACGAGGUUCGCGACGGAGACGUCAUCUCGUUUGGAGAAGUCCGGGCGAUUUUCCGUACGAGCCGGACCGUCGCUGCCUCUGUCUCGAACAAGGAACCUACCGGAGAAGCUGCUGCUCAUGAUGAUGAGUCUGCUGCUGCUGCUGCUGUUGCUGCUGCUGAUGAUGAUGUUCACCCUGCUGCUGCUGCUGCUGCUGCGGCGGGAGAAGAUGAGACAGAUUCCGACUUGGAUAUUUUUCCCGACGAAUCUGACCGGACAAACGGGAGAGGGGAAUCGAUCGGCGAGGCGGAACGGGAAGGUGGGGAGAAAGAAUCACGGAAUUCCGAGAGAGAGGCAGAAGAGAGAGGGAAGAUUCCAGAAGGAAGAGAGACAGAAUCCAAGAAUUCCAAGAUUCCCCAGCCGUCAACUGGCACCACUCAUGAUUUGUGGGCGGAGUUGGGGAUCGAAUCGGAUGUGGGGAAGGGAGAGGAAUCUGGGAAGGAUUCAUCAUCAGCAGGAGUUGGGAAUUCCUACACCGGCAAUUCCGACACUGGGAAUUCUGACACUGGGAAUGUAUCAGCAGGGAUUCCUAAGGAAGGCCGGGGAAGGGGUCUGGUCAUCGAGGAUUCCUGGUUGGAAGAAGAGGAGGGAGGGCAUCAGCGGCAGUUGCCGCUGGAGGAGACGCGGAACUAUGGGGGCGCUGUGGGUGGAGCGGCGCUGGUGCUGGGUGGAACCCCCGUGGUUCCCCCCCCACUGGGGAGAUCGGGAGGAGGAGACGGGGGGCCACGCGUCAUUGCCACCGGCUCCACCGGGAGCCCCUCCUGCUUGGAGCCGAGGAGGAGGAGGAGAGGGGCAGGUCGAACCAUCGUUGAUGAACAACUCUCUCCCUCCGACACCGUGGUCCCAGACAGUGAGGAGGAGCUCGAUGACUCUGGCCCACUGAUCCCAGCUCCCAGGAAGUGCUUGCGGCUCGACGUUUCAUCUUCCGAGUCCGAGACGUACUCCGCAAGAGACCAAACGGCCUCUCAGCCAAUCCUCUUGGGACCCCAGGCGAAUCUCACCAGGAGGUCGGACCAAGUCUUGGACGUCACUCCUCGCCACCGCCACCAUCAGCAACAGCAGCAGCAGCAGCAAGAGUUGCAGAGUUCGGGAAGUGAGACUGAUAUUGAGGAUUUGGAGGUGGAGGAGGAGCAAGGAGUUAGGGGAGAAGGAGGAGGAAGAAGUUGCCAAGCUGACGAAGGUGAAUCCGUGGAAUUGACAGCGAAACCUCCUCAACAAGCCCCAGAGUUUCACAUGGACAGUGACACGGACAUUGAAGAGGAUGCUGGAGAUGGCGGUGACAGCGGCGGUGGUGGCAGCGGUGGCAAAGUGGCUCAAGCUAUUGCUGGUGCUGCUGGUGCUGAGGACACGGAUGAAGAUGACGACAGCGAAGAUGAUGUUCAUUUGCUUGGUGGAUGGACCCGCCAGCCGGGAGCUGGAGUGGAGACAGGGCUAGAAGCAGAAUUGGGGGCAGUGCUUCACCGGGAGCUCUCCCCACAGAGCCUCUUAGACAUGCCGACUCAGCAGUUCCCCUGCAUCGAUGAGGUGGAGACGCAGGCGUACGUAUAUCCCAGGCAAAGUCAUUGGUGCUCCCUCUUUCCCAACUCUUCAGACUCUUCCACGCAGCCCUGCGGCACAGACUCCCCAUCCCAUCCACCGCCAUCAUCAGCAUCACCACGAUCAACAUCAUCAGCACUGCCAGUGGCAUCAAGAACAUCACCGUCAUCAUCAUCGUCCCUCGACGAGACACAGCCGAUGGAGCAGUACGCCGGCAACAAACGGCAAGCAACAGCUGCCAUGUCUCCUGCCACCGGCGCCUGCCCGUUUGACGACAGCGAGCCCACGCAGCCGGUGGAGCGGUUAUUCGGCGUCGGUAACGACCGCGAGAUUUCGCCGGGCGCCAGCGGCGGUGGGGAGGUGGCGACGGCGUCGGCGGGGGGGCGCCGAGCGAGCAGAGGGCGCCUGUCCAAAAGCCGGAGGUCGACGGCGGAAGUCUCGGUGGAGGUGCCGCCUUUGGGGGCGAGGGGCGGCCGAGGCGUAGGGGGCGGCGCCGGGAGAGAGGACGCCGAGGAGGAGGUGGGCGGAGAGGCGCCGGUGGAGGCCGCGGAUGAGACUCUCGGUCCGCAGGGUGAACUCUCGCGCGCUUUGAAGGAAGCGGGAGACGUCGGCAAGCCGUCGACGGAGGAGGCCGAAGGUGGCGGGUCGCCGGGCGGAGAUUCUGGUGGCCCGGCGAAUCUGAGAGACGAUCGAGACGGCGCGGCGGCGCUGGCGGAGAAGAGAGACCGCGGAGAGGAGGAGUCGGCUGCAGGUGACGGUUUGAUGAAUGCGGAAGGCGGGAACUCGGCCUCGACCACGGAAAAUCCCGAGGGUGCUGAGACCGUGAGCUCUGAUGACGACGAGACGAUAGACUUGGACGCCGAGUCGGAGAAGCGUGAAAGUGAGCUGACGGGAGGUGACGAGCCGCUCCGCUCCGACACCGGGCAGUCGACAGUCCCCCCCGCGGAAAGUUCAGAGGGGGGAGGAGAAGCCGGGGUAGGAGGAGGAGUGCCGGCGGAAACCACGGGCGAAACGCCAUCCCUGAAAACGGAAAGGUCAGCGGAAGAUCCAAAGCAUGAUGGAGACGGUGAAAAGAUUGCCGCUGAGAAGGAAGAUUCUCUGCCAAGCACCGCAGCCGAGUGCUCGUCGACCGCCGGGGGAGAUCGCGGGCGCGAGGGCGCGUCCACGGAGAUGGACGCCGCUUCGCUCGGUCCACGACGCGCGUCGGCAGCAGCGUCGACGGAAACCGGCGACGCUCGAGAGAAGUCGACCGAGAGGCAGGGUGCCUCCCUGCUGCCGCAAACCGCCGUUCCGCCGACUCCUGCUGCGGGCAGCGGAGAAGCGGUGCCGCCAGCGGAGAAGACGGCCGAAUCAUUGCAACCAGGGAGCCCGCCGUCUUCGAAGCGAGGAGGACGCCCUGGAGGGAAGUUGUCGGGCAAGAGAGACGGCCCGCGGGAGCGCGAAACGGCGGAGGGCCCUGCGACGAGCGGAGCGCGUGGAGGGUUGUCAGCGGUGGUUGUCGAGGAAGAGACUCGACGGCCCGAGGUCGAACGCCCGGGAACUUCGAAGAGACCCGGAAGGAAGUCGGCAAGGAAGCGGAACGACUUGGAAACGGCGGCGGCGGCGGCCUCCGGAGAGGCGAAGGGGAAUUCCGACGUCCCGUCGACGGCGGUCGGGGCGGACACGCGGCACCCUGACGCCAGGCGCACGGAAACUCCGAGGAAACCUGGAAAGCCCUCGGCGAAGGCUAAAGGUGACUCGUUCGGGUCGGAGACUUCGGUGGCUCCGGUCGAGGGCAGGGGGCGCGACGAGCUGACAGCAGGGGUUGAGGAGGCCGCCCGAGCCGCCCAACUUGAUUGCCCGGAAACCCUGAAGAAGGUCGGAAAGACGUCGACGGGAGAGAGACAGCCGGCGGCGGUGGCGGCGGCGGCGGCGGCGGCGGCGCCGGCGCCGGUUGAGGCGAGAGAUGGCGGAGGUCCGCCGACGGAGGAUGGAGAAGAAACGCGAGAGCGCCGCACGGAAUGUCCGGAAAGUUCGAAGAAACUCGGGAGGGAGCGGUCGGCGGAGGAUGGAGACGCCGCUCCGCCGGGAGAGGGCGAGCGCUCGGGAGACGCCGAGGAAGCGAGACUCGGCGGCGGCGCCGGUGGCGGUGACGACGAUGGCGGCGGCGGCGGCGCCGACGGUGAAUCGUCGGCCGAGCCUUCGACGCCCGCGGGGAGAAAUACGCCACGCCGUUCCGCCAGGACUCCGCGCGCGGGACUGGGCGGCAGCAAGUCCGCGACCGCCAAGAGGGGCGUCACGGCCGCUCCGCCGCCAGAACCGGAAACACAACCAGAACCGCCAAGGUCGAGACGCCGGCGGAAUUUGACAGCGGUGGUUAAGCGUCUGGCCAUGGUGAGGAGGGGUUCCGGGCGUCCGGAGGAUUUGACGAAAAGUCGAGACGACGGGGAGGAGAUGGAGGAAGGUGCUCAUGUGGACGCUGCUGGAACCGUUGAACCUCUGGCUGAAACAUCGAUCCAAAGGGACGUUAAGACAGGUCACCCCUCGCCCAGCACUCGUGGGAUUGGCCAAAGGAGGACAGCUGCCGGGAGGUCAAAGGUCGCGAGUUCAGAGGAUGACGCCACAGAGCAGGGUGGACGGGUGGUGGAGGAUGUCCCCAUAUCCAGCAGCAUGGAUCGGAAAACCCGAGCCAAGCAGAAAGCAGCGACGGCAACAUCGGCGACAGUGGCGGUCGAGUCAAGCGGAGGGGCAGGAAGUGACGUCGCCAGAGCCCCAAGCGACGACAGGACAGGAAGUGACGUCGCCAAAGCCCCACGCGACGACAGGACAGGAAGUGACGUCGCCAAAGCCCCAAGCGACGACAGGACAGGAAGUGACGUCGCCAGAGCCCCAAGCGACGACAGGACAGGAAGUGACGUCGCCAAAGCCCCACGCGACGACAGGACAGGAAGUGACGUCGCCAGAACCCCAAGCGACGACAGGACAGGAAGUGACGUCGCCAAAGCCCCACGCGACGACAGGACAGGAAGUGACGUCGCCAAAGCCCCACGCGACGACAGGACAGGAAGUGACGUCGCCAAAGCCCCACGCGACGACAGGACAGGAAGUGACGUCGCCAAAGCCGCAAGCGACGACAGGACAGGAAGUGACGUCGCCAAAGCCGCAAGCGACGACAGGACAGGAAGUGACGUCGCCAGAGCCCCAAGCGACGGCAGAACAGGAAGUGACGUCGCCAAAGCCCCAAGCGACGACAGGACAGGAAGUGACGUCGCCAAGGCCCGAGGCAACGUGCGGCGUGGUAGAAAUCCGCGGAGCAGCGCCGCCGCGACAGGAGGUGACGCCGCAGACGCUCGCAGCGACGCCGUCGACACGGGAAGCAGCGGCGCCGGGACGGGAACAAACGGCGGCAGCGCUGGCAGCGGCGGCGUCGCCCGGACAGGACGCGGCGCGUCCUCGAAACCAAGUGCUGGCCGGGCAGAAAGCGCCGUCGCUGCGGGAGGAAGUGAUGUCACAGCAACGGGAAGCGGCGUCGGCGAUGCCGUGCGCUCGGGAAGCGUCGCCCCCGGGACGGGAAGCGAAGCGGCGGCGGCGGCGGCCACUCCACCGACCAGUAAGGUGGCCCAAGGGAGGGCUCGAGGCCGGGUGAAGGGCGCGGCGACGCCACAGAGGAGGAGGAGGAGGACGACGCGGGCCGGCGGCGGCGAUGGCGGCGGCGAUGACGGCGGCGAUGACGGCGGGGAAGACGAGACGAGUGCCGCGCUGGCGCGGGGUGAGGAGGUCCACCUCGUCGUCUGUCCGGACGAUCCCAGAGGUCAGGGGGUCAGCGGCGGUCAUCGAGGGUCGGCCGAGGUGGUGGAAGGGCAGCAGCGGCGACAGCGGGGGGCGGGGGGUGGCACACGGGGCAGGGGACGAGCACGGGCGGAGGAGGUGGCGGAGGAGCAACAGCAGGUGGCCCCGCAGGAGGUGCCGCCCCCCUUGGCUGCCUCCCACAAUGCCGCGGGGCAGGAAGAGGGUAGCAGUGAUGUUGCCGCCGCCGCCGCUGCUACUGCUGCCAGUGAUGAUGGAGACGCUGGCGAUGGUGCGGGAGUUGACAGCGCCGCAGAAAUCCCGUCGGAAUUCCCGAAAAUCGGGAACAUCAGCAGCAUCAGGAACGUCGCAAACCACCGACGCACCGGGAACGCCGCAGGGGCGAGGAGGCCCAUCGGGAGUUUUGGGAACGCCGGAAAUUCCGGAGAGGAGAGGAACGCCGCAGGGGCGAGCGGCAUCGGGAAACUCGGGAACGCCGGGAACGCCGGGAACGCCGGGAAUUACAGGAGGGCGAGGAACGCCGCGGUAGCGUUCACGGGAGUGGCGGAGCUGGAGGCGCUGGAGCAGCGUGUGCGGACGCUGGGCUGGGCCGUGAGCGCCAGCGCGCGCGACUGCUCCCACCUCGUCACCGACCGCGUGUGCCGCACCGUCAAGAUGCUGUGCGCCGUCGCCAGAGGCGUGCCCGUCGUCACGCCGGCCUGGAUCCAGCAGUGUGAGCAGAGUGGCCGCGUGGUGGACAGCGACACGUUCAUCGUGAGCGACGAGGAGCAAGAGGCCAAGUUUGACUUCCGGCUCAGAGAGUCUCUCGCUGCGGCGAGAGAGAGGCCGCUGUUCCACGGCUUCCGCGUGCACGUGACGGCCGGAGUGAAGCCGGAGCCGGUCCACAUGCGCGACAUCGUGGAGUGCGGCGGGGCCACCUGGCUACCCAAAGUGCCUCGCACUGCACAGGCCGGAGUGGUCGUGGUGUCGUGCGCCGAGGACUCGGCGCGUCUGCGCGGGUGUCCCGGCGUUGACGUCGUGAGCGCAGAGCUCAUCCUCUCCGGCGUGCUCAGGCAGAGACUCGACAUUGACGCUCACCGCCUCAACAGCAGCCAGGGAGACGAGGCGGACAGCUCGGACAUCGAUGGGGGCAGAGACGUGGACCAGCGCGGACGUAAGCGCGCCAGCGUGCCUGCCACGCGGGGAGCCCAGGUUUCCAAACGCCGGCGCUGA